CGCUUUUCUCUUUCGGGUCACUUCUUGUUCAGGAUCCCGAUCAGUCAGACGUCCGUACCGAGCUCCUCCACCAUGGCCAACCAAGAACGAACCUUCAUCAUGAUUAAGCCCGAUGGUGUGCAUCGUGGUCUUUUGGGCGACAUCAUCAAGCGCUUUGAGCAGAAGGGCUUCAAGUUGGUGGCCAUGAAGUUCCAACAGGCUAGCCAAGAGCAUCUGGAGAAGCACUACGAGGACCUGAAAGGUCGACCUUUCUUCAACGGACUCGUCAAAUAUAUGGCUUCGGGACCCGUCUUGGCCAUGGUCUGGGAGGGUUUGAAUGUAGUGGCGACUGGGCGUGUCAUGUUGGGCGAGACCAAUCCCAAGGACUCUAAACCCGGCACCAUCCGAGGGGAUUUCUGUAUCCAAGUGGGCCGCAACAUCUGUCACGGAUCGGAUGCCGUGGAAUCCGCCCAGAAGGAAAUUGCUUUGUGGUUCAAGCCCGAAGAUCUCGUGGACUGGAGUCCCGCAGCCAUGAGCUGGAUCUACGAAUAAGAAGGCCUCCGUGGGGUCCACUUGUCUCCUUCAUGGGGUCAGUCGGUCUCGAUUUGCACCCAUGGAGCCUAUUACAAAGCCUAUACACUUGUAUCACCAUCAUCAAUAACUAUUGAAAUCACUCAAAAAAUGAACGUAUCCGAAAUUUGUGUCCCAAGCACCGCUUUACGGCUAUUAUUUUAUUUGACGAAUGGUCUUGAUUUGAUGCUGGUCAGGUCCAGGUUGUGAUCUUAACGGAAUCAACCUAUUUUAGUGUUUCUAUGGAAAUAUACAUAACAUCGGGCGCUUCCCAACUUGCACAUA